AUUAUAGCAUUUGAUGUGAUAAGAUCGAGGGGCAGGGUUUGAUGGGGUUCGAUUCCUGGGUUUGGAUGGUGUUCUUGGGUUUUGAUCUGGCGUUCUUGGGGAGCGCAGGGCGCUGUUUGCUCGGGACGGCGAAGAUGACGUCGAGAUCGUACACGAAUCUCCAGGAUCUGACGCUCGGGGACUCAACGGCACAGAGCGGCAGUAAAUGGAAGCAGAUGUCCCGGGCGAUGACGGUGCCGGGGACCCCCUCCAAGCUGGACGACGAGGACCCCCCCGGCAGAAGCUCCUCCAACGCGACCUCCACUGCUACCCACGACCGGAUCAUCAUCGUGGCGAACGAGUUGCCCGUCCGGGCCAAUCGGCGGACGGGUGGGUGCGGGUGGAACUUCUCCUGGGACAAGGAUUCGCUCCUCUUCCAGCUCAAGGACGGGUUUCCGGAGGACAUGGAGGUUUUCUACGUCGGCUCCCUCCACGUCAACGUCGACUGCCACGAGGAGGACGGCGUCGCCCAGUCCCUCCUCGAGCACUUCAAGUGCAUCCCCACCUUCCUUCGUCGCGGCCUGCUCCAGGAAUUCUACCGCCGCUUCUGCAAGCAGCAGCUGUGGCCGCUCUUCCAUUACAUGCUCCCCUUCUCCCCGGACCACGGCGGCCUCUUCGACCGAGCCCUCUGGAAUUCAUAUAUUCUUGCCAACCAGAAAUUCGCGCGGAAGGUGAUCGAGGUUUUGAACCCGGAGGAUGAUUACGUAUGGAUUCAUGACUAUCAUCUGAUGGUGCUGCCGACCCUCCUCCGGCGAAAGUUUCAUCGGCUGAGAAUGGGUUUCUUCUUGCACAGCCCAUUCCCAUCGUCGGAGAUCUACCGAACGUUCCCCGUCCGGGAGGAGCUUCUCAAGGGGCUGCUCAACUGCGACCUCAUCGGCUUCCACACCUUCGACUACGCCCGCCACUUCCUCUCCUGCUGCGGCCGAAUGCUGGGUCUCGAAUACCAGUCGAAGCGCGGGUACCUUGGCCUUGUCUUUGGCCGCACUGUUGGGAUCAAGAUCACGCCGAUCGGUGUUCACAUGGGCCAGCUACAGUCCGUGCUUCAGCUUCCCAAUAGGGAUUGGAUGGUAGAUGAUCACCGCCGGCAGGUUGAGGGAAAGACUGUGCUUCUCGGUGUCGAUGACAUGGACAUUUUCAAGGGAAUCAACCUCAAGGUGCUUGCAUUCGAGAAAAUGCUCCAGCUGUACCCUAAAUGGCAGGGAAGGGCGGUUCUGAUCCAGGUUGCUAACCCAUCCAGGGGAACAGGUCGGGAUCUUGAUUUGAUGGAGGGUGAGAUACGUGAGAUCUGCUGGCGGAUCAAUGAGGAGUUUGGGAAUGAUGAGUACGAACCAGUUGUGUUGGUUGACCGCCCUGUGCCCAUUGUCGAGAAGAUCGCCUUCUACACCAUGGCGGAGUGUGUUGUGGUCACUGCAGUGAGAGAUGGGAUGAAUCUAACUCCCUAUGAGUACAUCGUCUGCAGGCAGGGGAUUGCUGGCUCUGAACCUGGUUUGGACGCCGACGGCCCUCGAAAGAGUAUGCUCGUAGUCUCGGAGUUCAUCGGAUGCUCCCCAUCGUUAAGCGGCGCGAUUCGGGUCAACCCGUGGGACAUAGAGUCGACAGCACACGCGAUGAAUGAGGCAAUUUCUCUUCCGGAUGCAGAGAAGCGGCUGCGGCAUGAGAAGCACUACCGGUAUGUUAGCACUCAUGAUAUGGCCUAUUGGUCGAGGAGCUUCUUGCAGGACAUGGAGAGGUUUUGCAAGGACCAUUCCGAGAAAUCAUAUUGGGGGAUUGGUUUUGGACUUGGAUUCAGAGUGAUGGGUGUCGAUCCUAAUUUUAAGAAGCUUAAUGUGCGUGACGUUGCUUCGGCCUAUAAGGUGGCGAAGAAUAGGGCUAUAUUGCUGGACUACGAUGGAACGUUGGUGCCUCAGACAUCAUUUAACAUGACCCCAAGUGCGGAAGUUAUCAGGAUCAUCAAUUCUCUCUGCGCUGAUAAGAAGAAUGUAGUUUUCAUUGUCAGCGGGAGGGGGAGGGAUAGCUUAGGGAAUUGGUUCUCACCAUGUGAGAGGCUUGGGAUUGCUGCAGAACAUGGUUACUUCAUGAGGUGGACUCGAGAUCAGGAAUGGGAAAUAUGUUGCCAGAUCUCGGACUUUAGAUGGAUGCAGAUAGCAGAGCCAGUGAUGAAGCUCUAUACUGAAUCCACCGAUGGAUCCAGUAUUGAAGCUAAAGAAAGUGCUUUGGUUUGGCGCCACCGAUAUGCUGAUCCAGGCUUCGGAUCUGCUCAGGCGAAGGAAAUGCUCGACCAUCUCGAGAGUGUGCUUGCAAACGAGCCAGUCUCAGUGAAAAGGGGUGAAUUCAUUGUUGAAGUGAAAGCUCAGGGAGUUAGCAAAGGCUCCGUGGCAGAGAAGGUCCUGUUAUCAAUGGUGGAGAAUGGGAGGCCGGCAGACUUUGUGUUGUGCGUUGGUGAUGACAGGUCGGAUGAGGACAUGUUCGAAGACGUGGCUGGGGUCAUGACAAAGAACCUGGUUGCCCCCGGGACAUCGCUGUUUGCUUGCACGGUCGGGCAGAAACCAAGCAAAGCCAAAUAUUAUCUUGACGACACUGUUGAAGUCUUAGGUAUGCUAGCAGAACUUGCACGAGUAUCUGGGUCGUGGAGAACGGAACAACCAUCCGCAUCUGCGGAGAUGAGAGAUGAUACAUCCCACUGAAGAUACGUUCCCGGUUCACUUCCUGGAUUCUUUUUUCCACCAAAUUCCAGGUAGAAGUAAUUUUUUUUGAUGGUUCUCAGAUCUGGAGGUAUGAAGCUAUUGAGAUGCAACAGAUUGCAUUUGAUCAGAGGCUGCUAAGGAGUUGGCUAUGCAAGUAACCAUGUUCUUAAACCGGCUCAUACCUACUUUGGAACGGUGUGGCGCAUGGAGAAAUUUUCAGACUGGAGUCAAACUACUAGGAGAGAGGCCACGUUCGCUUCCAAGGGCAGUUCUGCCGCUUGCUUGAGUGGGAACCAAUCUAAGAAGUAGGUGUUACCAAAUCUCGUUUCUUUUGCCACACAACUUUGUGCGAUGGAGGGAGAUCCGUAGUAUCAUCAGAUUAACCGGUUGAAUACUAACUCGUAACAUACAGUUUGCGUUUUAGGGGUGAAUUUGGUUCAACCCAUUUUCUUCAUGUACAUAUCUUGCAUCGCUGUUCUUGUAUUGUUGUUAGAAACAGUCAACAUGAGAGGAAGGGAGAGGAGGAAAAGAAAUAUUUCAAAGUUAGAUCCACGGUUUCAAGUUUCAACGUGACAAAUUAAAAAGCUGCUUUUGUGCCCUUGGUUCAACACGAAAAAUAAAAAAUGUUAACAUACCUCUUUCGAAGUUA